AUGAUGGCUUUGUCGGACCUGAUCUCAGGCUUUACCGCCUUCUCAACGCCUCUGUACCUCGUCGCUGCCAGCGUGGUUUACUACGUCGUCUCCUCGGUCGUAGCAUGGCGUCGUCUCAGCAGCUUCCCCGGACCGUCGCUCGCCCGGUUCUCCUACCUCUGGAACAUAUCCAACUCCCGCACCGGGAGACCGGCAGAGACCUUCACGGCACUGAAUCGCGAACACGGCCCUUUGGUUUGCAUCGGGCCAAAUGAUCUCGUCACGGACGACCCGGAAAUCCUCCGGCGGAUGAACGGAGCCCGCUCGACCUACAACCGCUCGUCGUGGUACAACGCCGCCAAGUUCAACCCGCACACCGAGGCCAUGUUCAGCAUGCGAAACGUCAAAGAGCACGACAAGAUGAAGGCCCAAGUCGCCUUCGCGUAUUCGGGCAAGGAGAACGAUUCCCUCGAGGCCAGUAUAGACACUCAGCUUGCGAAUUUCAUGGACCUAAUCCGGAGGAAGUACCUCACCAAAGGCGACGACGUCAAGCCUAUAGACUUUGGCGGGGCGGUUCAGUAUUUCACCCUGGAUGUCAUCACGGAGAUCGCGUACGGCAAGGCUUUUGGGUAUUUGGCUACUGACUCGGACGUACACGACUAUAUCAAGACAGCCGAGGACGUAGUCGAGUGGUUGCAAAUCUUUGGGGAGACUCCCUUCUUCGUGGACAUUCUCUGGUCGAAAUGGAUUCUCGGAGCUGUUGGGCCGAAGCCCACGGAUAAGUCGGGAAUGGGCAAGAUGAUGGGAGUCGCGAGAGAUGUCGUUGCGAAGCGAUUCGAGCCCGAUAGCAAGGACCAGCGCGAUAUGCUGGGUUCUUUCCUUCGACAUGGCCUUUCCCAAGCUCAAGCUGAGCAGGAAGUUCUAUUCCAGAUCACCGCCGGAUCCGACACCACGGCCACAGCUAUUCGUACGACGCUUCUAUAUCUCAUGACUCUGCCUCGGGCAUACCACGCUCUGAAGAACGAAAUCAACACCGCCAUCAAAGAAGGUCGCGUCUCGUCGCCCAUCACGGUCGAAGAGGCCAAGCAGUUGCCUUACCUUCAGGCGAUUAUCUACGAAGGUCUUCGCAUGAAUUCCCCCUUCACAGGCCAGUGCUCGAAAGAGGUCCCUGCCGGAGGAGACACGAUCAACGGUAAGUUCAUUCCAGGUGGGACGCGCAUCGCGCAGAACUUCUGGGGCACGCUGCGUCGCCUCGAUGUCUUCGGCAAGGAUGCGGAUCUCUUCCGCCCGGAGAGGUGGCUGGAGGCCGACGAGGCGACAAGGGAUAACAUGGUGAGAACGACGGAGUUGACGUUUGGCUACGGUCGUUGGGGAUGUUCGGGGAAGAAUGUGGCGUUUAUGGAGUUGAACAAGGUCUACGUUGAGCUGCUUCGCCGUUUCGAUCUGCAGAUUGUCUAUCCUGGGAGGGCCUGGAAUAGCGUGAAUCACAACUUGUUUAUCCAGAAGGAGUUUUGGGUCAGAGUCACAGAGGUAGAAGGGUUCGAGGAGUAG